AAGAUUGCACUAUUCCAUGUUGGUUCGAAAGUCAAUCAGACUCCCGACCCAAAGCGGAACGCAGUACGGUUUCUCUCCAGUUUCCAACCCUCCUAAACCCUGCAGUCCAAAACCCUAAUCAUGUCCUUUUACCGUCAAACCCUACUCCGAUCCCUCCGCUCAGCAGCCGGCGCCGUUAUCGGAGGCGUCGAACCUCGCUCUGCAGACCUCAGAUUCUUAUCCCGAUCAUUCGCUUUUUCCUCUGCUGAGGAAGCAGCAGCCGAGCGCCGCCGACGUAAGCGCCGCCUCCGCAUCGAGCCCCCCCUCCAUGCUCUCCGUCGCGACCCCAACAUUCCCCGUCCCCCACGUGAUCCCAACGCACCCCGGUUACCCGACUCCACCUCCGCACUCGUUGGUCCCCGCCUCUCCCUUCACAAUCGCGUGCAAACACUCAUCCGAUCUGGAGAGCUCGACGCCGCAUCCUCUCAUGCACGCCAUGCUGUCUUCUCUUCUGUCAGACCCACCGUGUUCACAUGUAACGCCAUCAUGGCGUCCAUGCACCGCGCCCGCCGCCUAGACGAUGCCGUAGCCCUCUUCCACUUCUUUUUCGUUCAGCAGAACAUUGUUCCCAACAUUGUCUCCUACAACGUUCUUAUCAACACCCACUGUGAUGCCGGCCGUGUCGACACCGCCCUCGAAGUUUACCGUCAUAUCCUCGCCAACGCUCCCUUUUCCCCUUCCCCUGUCACUUAUCGCCAUCUCACAAAGGGCCUGAUUGACGCCAGCCGAAUCACUGAGGCUAUGGAUCUACUUCGCGAGAUGCUUAACCGUGGUCAUGGUGCCGACUCUCUCGUCUACAACAACCUCAUGUCCGGCUUCAUCAACCUUGGCAAUAUGGACAAGGCGCUCGAGCUCUUUGACGAGCUCCGUGAGCGGUGCCUCGUUUAUGAUGGGGUUGUGCAUACCACCUUUAUGGAAGCUUACUGGAAAGAGGGCAAGGACAAGGAGGCUAUGGAGUCCUACCAGUCCCUCAUUGAUCGCCAGUUCAAGAUGACCCCUGCAACAUGCAAUGUUCUCUUGGAGACCCUUCUAAAGCAUGAUAAGAAGGCCGAUGCCAACAAACUCUUCGAACAUAUGCUGGAUGAGCACAAACCCCCAAAUUUCAUGGCCCUUAACACGGAAACCUAUAAUAUAAUGGUUAAUCGUUGCUUCCACGAAGGAAAGUUUGCCGAAGCCAUUGAAGUUUUCCACAAGACGGGGUUGAAGCCCUUGGCUAUGGACGUUGGUUGCUAUAAUAACAUUAUUGGAAAGCUAUGCAAGAAUGGAAUGCUACAGGAGGCAGAGAAGCUAUUUGAGGAAAUGCGGACCAAGUCCAUCAACCCCGAUACUUCCACUUAUGGAUUUUUGGUUGACGCAUGCUUUGAGAAUGAUAGGCUUGAGGAUGCCAUGGCAUAUUUUGGCAAGGUGAUAGAUAGUGGAGAGGGUGCCCCAAAGGCUAUCCUUGAACUAUACAACAAGGUUUUUGAUGGAUUGGUGAAGGCUGGACGAUUAGGUCAGGCUAUGGAUAUCUUUAGUAAGAUGGGGGAGAGCGAUUUAAAGCCAAAUGCAUUAACUUAUGAGACUUUGGUCGCUGUUUUAUGUAAAGAAGGAGAUUUAGACCGUGGAAGGGCUUUGUUAGAAGAGAUGUCAAAAGGUGGCAUCCGUGCUAGCAGUGAGCUCCUUUCAUUUGUAUCAGAAAUAUUUCAGGCGGCAGGACGGGGUGGAGAGAUUGAAUUUCUUCUAACUGGCAAGAAAGAGCCCAUUCCUCAAACCACUUGUGUACAACAAAUGGUACCCCAUACUGCUUCUGAAGCUUCCAUUGAUCAGCAGGGUUGAUGAAAGUGGAAUCAAGGAGUACUCUAGGGAGAUUCAAUUCAGUUUCAUGCACGCAUUUUCAUUUACAAAAAAUGAGGGUAACAUUAUCCUAAAACUUUGAUUCAAAUCCGACUACUAAUUUUUUAGCUUGGUCAAAUCUUAUAUUUUCUAAGUUUAGUCUGGUGAAAGUUUGAUGAGGGAUUUCAUCUAGGCUUAGAGAAGGCAUUGCAUUCUAUCUUAACUCUGAUGUAUUUACAUAUCUAACAAC